CCGCCUAGUCACGUCAGAACGGAAAACUACAACUCCCGAGAUCCUUUGAGAAGUUGUUUUCCUCUGGUCACUCCGUACAGGAAGCAUUUUUAAAUGCGUAGUAAAUCUAGGUCAACGUUGUCAUGGAAACCGGAGCAGCUCCAUUGACUGCGCCGUCUGCUCUGAGGGGCCCUGUAAUCGGAGACAUCGGAAACUGGGUCGACCGGACACCGGUCCAUGAUGCAUCGAGACAAGGUCAGGCUCUGCAGCUCAGACAACUGAUCGAAAGUGGAGUUUGCGUGAAUUUGGUCACAGUGGACUCCAUUACACCGCUACACGAAGCUUGUCUUCAUGGCCACACUCAGUGUGUGAAGCUGCUGCUCGCUGCUGGUGCACAGGUAGAUGCCAGAAAUAUUGAUUGCAGUACACCCCUCUGUGAUGCCUCUGCCGCAGGAAGUCUGGAGUGUAUAAAGGUGCUCCUGGACCAUGGAGCUAAAGUGAACCCUCCGCUUUUUACUGCGUCUCCUCUUCACGAAGCAUGCAUGAGUGGUAAACCUGAUUGUGUGAAACUUCUAAUAGAUGUGGGGGCAAAUCUAGAAGCUCAUGAUUGUCAUUUUGGUACCCCUUUACACGUAGCAUGUGCAAGGGAGCACUUGGAGUGCGCUAAAGUAUUACUCACUGCAGGAGCUAAUGUCAAUGCAGCAAAACUUCAUGAAACAGCGCUGCAUCACGCUGCCAAGGUGAAGAACAAAGAUCUUAUUGAAAUGCUGGUGGAAUUUGGAGGAAAUGUGUAUGCAAGGGACAAUCGUGGAAAAAGACCUGCAGAUUAUACCUGGCCAAACAGUCCCACUGCUAAAUGCUUUGAAUAUCAUGAAAAGACCCCUAGAACCUUGUCACAGCUCUGCAGACUCCGGCUCAGAAAAGCCCUCGGCCAGGGAGCAGUGCAGAAGGUUUAUAAAUUAAAUCUUCCACAAAGACUUAUGGAUUAUCUUGCAUAUAAUUGACUCAAGUAAACCUAUGUGCAUAUGCCCCUACACAUUGUACAUACAGUCCUGCUUACAAGUACCUCGACUCUGUUAGGCUACUUUCACACUCGCGUUUUGGCUUUCCGUUUGUGAGAUCCAUUUAGGGCUCUCACAAGCGGUCCAAAACGGAUCAGUUUGCAUUCUAAUGCAUUCUGAAU